AUGUUCCGUAAACCUCGGCGGGCGUAUAGAGUACAAAGGAAGGAGGAAUCAGACGGAGAGGCUGAAGAAUCUCCAUCUGAUCCAUCACAGAUUCCGGACGCUAAUCCACUGGCCCCUAUUCGUCCAUCGGGUAGUAAAGUGACUCUUAGUUUUGGGGAUGAUCUCGAGGAAUCAGAGGCUUUUAAGGUUAAACGUCCCGCGCAUAGCCGACGUGCAUUAAAACAGCUGAAGGAGGGCAAAAGCUCAUUAAAAUCGAUAGCUUCUGAUUCUCCUUCUGCUGCCAAAGGUCUUCCAUCAGAGCAUUAUCCUGUAAAGUUGGAAGAGCCCUCGGGCUCUUCGGACAUUACACAUGAAGAUGAGACCAUCAAAGUAAGACCUUUGAAUCGAGCCUCUUCGGAACAAUUCUCCUCGAUGCUCAAACAGGGUGUAAUUCCCGACGCUAGCACAAUACACAUGGUUCGCAAACAGCGGCAGCAGGCAAAGUUCCAACUUGAGGCAGAGGAGGAAAACUUUUCGCCUCCUCACCCAUCGAGUAAUGACGGUCGUCGUCUAAUCAGGGAAGAGGACGAUGACGAAGAGGAGGACUAUGAGGGGGGUGGGGCCAACAUCUAUCACCAUCGCCGGCCUGCCUUCACGCUGACCGCUGAGUACCGCGAUCCUAAAAGUCGUCGGCGAGUGGAGAUCUCGCGAGGUCUGCAACGUAGGCGUGAGCGCGAGCAGGAGGGCGACAAGGAGCGUCGCUCCAUGUUUGAGGACGUAGAAACUGCGUCCAAGACUAAACGCGAGGAAAGGAACGAUGAUGGUGAUGAUGAUGGAGAUGAUGACGAGGAGGAUGACACUUGGGAGCGUCAGCAAAUCCAAAAGGCUGUCUCGAGCAAAAACACAGCUGUUUUGGAGGCUCUUGAACCUUUGCCGCCUGCAGAUGGAGGUCUUCUUCCAAAGCCAUCGCGUCGUCUGGCAGAUUUUGGAGACGUCACGCUAGCUUCGAUUAAGUCACUUCUUCAAGAACGUCUCAACAAGAAGCAAAAGGCCAUGCAGGAGAACAAGGUGGAGCUAUUGUCAUUGAGGGAGGAUUUAAGCCGUGGGCAGGCCACAAUUUCCGAUUCGCGAACUAAACUGCCCGAACUCGCCAACAUACUGGCCUUUUAUAUGGAACUGCGGGAGUACGUGCGUGAUGUGAUUUCCUGUUUCAACGAAAAGAUGCUCAAAAUUGAGUACAUGGACAAGCGCUCGAUUAUCCUCUAUCGCGAGCGUGCAGACGCCUUAAUGGCCAGGAGACGCGCUGAUGUUGGGGAUAUGGCUGAUGAAGCUGCCGGUCCUGCUACCACUGGGGAAAAUACUACGGGCCAAAAAACGUUAGAGGCCCGAAAACGACGCAAGGCUGACAGAGAAGCUCGUCGUGCACGAAGACGCAGACAAAGGAAACCUGAUGAAGCCUACGAUAAGCGAAUCGAAGCUACAAUCGGUGUGUCCCCGCCCUGCGAGGGCGUUAGUUCGGAUGACGAGGAGCCACAAGCCGUUAUUGCCAAACGCGCAGCUGAUUUUGGGGACAUAAAGAGGGACGCGGAGCAUCUCUUCGAUGAUGUGGUGGAGGAGUACUGUAGCAUUCCCGCUAUUCUCCAACGUUUUCGUGAGUGGCGUGAGCGGGCGGUGAGGAGCUACGGGCAAGCCUACAUCCCCAUGUGUCUGCCGCAACUCCUUGCGCCCCUCAUUCGCCUCCAGAUGCUCACUUGGAACCCUCUUGAGGCUAACUGUCCUUUCUUCGAUGAGUAUGGUUGGUUUGGGUGCCUCCUGGACUACUUCGCAGACCUCCAGCAAGUGGAAGACCUUGAGACGGACGCCUCGGAGGAGGGCGACGCGCAGCGGAAGGUACUCCUCACCCUCUCCACCUCCCCCGAGCAUGAACUCACCGUUAUCCCUUUAGUCAUCGAAAAGGUCCUUCUGCCUCGACUUACAGAAAUUGUCUCGGCCUCGUGGGAUCCGAUGUCGUGGAGUCAGACGCAACGCUUGGUGAGUGUGGUGCACUCCUUUGCUACCCUUUGGCCCACCGUCUCGGCGGAGAGCAAGGCCACUCAGCGCCUCUUUGAAGCCAUCCUCCAGCGUAUGGAACACACCAUCCAGAUGGACGUCUUCAUACCUCUUUAUUCUAAACGAAUUAUGUCCGAUCUUCAGUGUCCUAGUCGCCUCUUUUUUGAUCGCCAGAUGAACGCUGCUAUGAAGCUUCUCUCGAACCUCCUCGAGUGGCAUGAUCUAUUAGCACCAGCUGCACUGAAGCACAUCACUUUCACUUGCCUUGUUAAUCGCUACAUCCUCAUCGGCCUGGCCAGCCUAAUGUCCACCACCACCAACUUGUCGGACACAGGUGGAGACGGAGGGUGGUUGGGUGAGACGGCAGUGUGGGAGUCAGUGACGGAGCGAUUGAAGGCAAUCACCGUUCAUCUGCCUGCGGAAUGGCUCACCGAUCCGGAGGAUAACCAGUUAGCCCAACUGAGGCGAUUUGUUGGCCAACUAAUCGAACGACUGGCGCCACAGGACGUCGUCACCGGCGUUGAAACCAGAGAGGAGGCAGAGAUGAGAUCCGUGCUAAAGAAACUCAAAAAAAUCCAAAAUCGCCUCUUUGGUAGAUCCUAUGCUUGA